AUGGAUGCACUAAGGAGGGCCCUGGGGCUGCCGCGCCCAGUGGCCCACAGCGAAAAUAAAUUGCUCCUCAAAAAUCUGAACGAACAAGGCAACCCCCAAGUGACAAAUGUAAAGGCAGAAGACUACCCCAUCCCGAAAAAGUAUCUAGAAGACCCAGACAAAAUCCCCAACUAUUAUGUGUUUCAGUCCAACAUGGUCACGGAUGAAGAUUUGCAACCGGGGAUGUUACGACAGUUGGAAGUUGAUAAAAGAUUAACUCUGCCGACGAGAACUCAUAUUUCUUUUUUAGUGACAGCCACUGAUGUUAUCCACUCCUGGUCCAUCCCAAGUCUUGGCAUUAAAGCCGAUGCUAUUCCAGGGCGGCUACACAAGGUAACAACGUUCAUAUUGAGGGAGGGUGUAUACUAUGGCCAAUGUUCCGAAAUGUGCGGCACUCUCCAUGGGUUCAUGCCCAUCGUUGUAGAAGCUGUAUCCCCUGAGGCCUACGCGGCGCACGCGAAGAAGUAUUACAGGGAUUAG